AUGUCGGGCAAUUACGAUUACCCCCCUGCUUCGUCCCGCCGUCCAUCUCGGGGCUCUAACGAGCGACCACUGCCCCCCAGUGUUCUCCGUCUGCAACACCUUCGGAAUUUGGUGAACUCGGAGCGUAACCGAACCAGCACCUACAAUACCACCCGAGCCCUGGAGACGCUGAACCAAGAGGAGCAUCAUCUUGACCGAACCCGCGAUCGAAGCAACUUCGAGCAGGCUCGUGCGGCAGUUGACCGACAGAUCCAACAGUUUGAAUUCAGCAACCCCGCAGAACGAAUCCGCAACCUCUGGCACGAUCAGCUCCGCUCCGAACGCUCCUCACCUUCGUCAUCAAGCCCGACCACCCAGGAGAUGGAACCACGAUCCAGUGGCCGGGGCUUUCGGCGUCGUGUUCGACCAGAGGACCGUCAACGACAUCGGGACCCUCCUGACUUCGCUUCCCUUCUCGAUGAGGGGGUAUCCCAGCCCAGAUCGCCAUCGCUGAUCCCACAGUCGACUCACACGAGCCGUGAUGGCCGAGGGAGACUGAAACGCCGCAAACUCGAUGCAGACGAUAACCGGGAGGGACUGCGGGGCUUCAACUACGGCCAGUUCGGCCAGGUGGUUCCGGGAGCGCUGAAGAUGGAGAUUGCCAGCUGUGACGGCGGGAUGUAUGACCCAGAUGGGGACAGUUCCCUGCCAGAGAAUGUGCUGCGAAGUGACCAGUCGGUCUACUGUACCAAAUCGGACCGAUGCAAUCUAGUUCUACGUCACCGCGGCGAGGCGCCCUUCUGCUUGAAGAAAAUCGUCAUCAAGGCUCCCAGAACCGGGUUUGAUGCUCCAAUCCAAGAAGGCAUGGUAUUUGUGUCGAUGACGUCGGAUGAACUGCUCGCGCGCACGGCAGAGUACCAGAUUCAGUACUCCAACACUCGACGGCGGCGUCGAAACCGUCGAAGCGGCAUGCAGCCCUCCCAGGAGUAUCUUACCGCAUAUCGAUCCCCUCUCCAAUCCCUCGAGCGCACGGUGCUGAUGGGCCCUGACUCGUCCGCGUCGGACCCUGAGCUUCCUGCUACCGGCCGGGAGGCCAACGACCCGCAGGCAGAAUUCCGUGUAACAACGGAAUACGACGAGAAUUCGGAGGAGACUGGCUUUUUGGAACCCGAAGCAAACGAGGAUCUCACGGUCCUGCCCCUUUCCGAAAUCGAGAGGAUGAACCAAGCCGACCAGUCGUCCGAUUUCAUGUGUUCCGACAGCGAUGAGAGCGAGAGUGAUGAUGACGAGGAGGAUGGACACAGCAGUAACCUAAGCACGUUUACCCGCCGCCGCCUGGAGCUUCGACGUCGCAUCGGGUCCAUGCGCCGUCAAUAUUCUGCCGAAGAACGCGAGCUCCAGAGACGUCGCCAGGGCCCGAGCCUCAUCGACCCCGUCCCGCCGCCUCCCCCUGCCCCGGCUCCAGAUGCGGCACAUGACAGCAAUUUCUCAAGUCCCGAGGUUUUGAAACCGCACGCACGUUUCUUUAUCGAGCGCGAGAAGAGCAUGGUCAGCAUCAAGUUUGAUCCUCCACCAUCUGGCCGAUUCAUUCUCAUCAAACUAUGGAGCCCCCGCAGCGACGGCAAUAUUGACAUCCAAAGCAUCAUCGCCCACGGCUUCGCGGGUCCUCGCUUCUUUCCGGCUGGGGGUUUCAGAUGA